UACUACGUUAAACGUGGACGUCGUCGGUGGUAUCACGUUGGCUUCGUAAUCGUCAUCGUUGAGUUUGUUAUAAGAUUUCGCGGUCUCUCCCGCUCCGAACUCGCGCGUGGGGUCAUCAUCGGCUGUGGCAACGUUCCAACCUCAGGCAUCUAUUCCCGUCUCAUACCCCCAGUUCGGCACAAACCGAGGAGGUGGUGUGAUUUUUUCGCGUAAUUAUUUUUCGAUUCGCAUCGGAGAGUAAAUGGGAAUGUGGUGGAUCAUAAGCUGUGUGUAUGCCGUACAAUUUUCGGCGGGACAUGGUCCGGCGUACUCGGAAAAAAGAUGCAACUUUGUAUUGGCUCAGUGGAACAAUGUGCUCCUAUAGGGGAACCGGUUUUGUGCAACAGGUACCGAUCGCCACACGCAAGUUAUGUGCAACAUAACCUCCACGGAGUUGGAGUGAAAUCGGGUCUGAAGCUUGACGCACCGUUGCACAGUGGGAAAAUAGACUGAAAACGGCAAUUAUUGAGGCUGUAGAAUAAUCUGGACUGCUUCCCAAAGCAAAAACCCACUGUCGUUCAACCAUUUGUGGCCACAGUACUCCGUAACCGAUGCAGUGAAAUCAGCCACGAGGGAUCUUCCAAUAUCGGUUCAAGAAUUAAGUUGCAUGACUUCAUGCCAAAAAACAACCAACCAUCCCAUGCGGGAUGCAAUCUACAUCGAUGCAGUGUGGUUGGAAAACGCAUGGUUUUAGGUGCCGUUAAAGCUCUGGCAAAUAAUUUAUGAUCCGUUUGGCAUCGCCCUCCUCCACACGGCUCGCAGAAUAAUCGUUAAUGGACAGAAAUAUACCUUCCAGUAUAGUCCAGUACGAUUGUUGGCUCGUUAUAAGUGACCAUCAAAUUGCUUUUUUGUGCGUCCUAUUGUCGCGGGAAAUUCGGGGGCGGAAAAUCUUAAAGUGACUACGUCGCUAGAGAGUGAGAGUGAGCAAGAGAGCGCACUGCCACAAUACCGGAUCGUCGCGAGCGUGGUGUUGUCCGCCGAGGGAAAACCGCCUCAGUGUAGAGCCAGAAGUGCAACCGAGCGGAGCUUACCGGGAGGAAUAACGCGCUAAGACUGACGUAGACGUAGACGUGUGAGAUUGCUUCGCGAUAGAGGAAUGUUUCUUGGACGAAUGUCCCAACAAUACAAGUGCUGACUGGAUGAUAAGCGAGAAGUGACAGCCGGUGGAACGUUCGAAUAAAUUAUUAUUGAUCUGGGACUUUUGGGGGGUGAAACACUUCUGGCACAGUGAUAAGCCAUUCAGAGGAAACGGCAGUUGGAGUAACGGAAAGUGAAAGGGAUCAUCAACGGGGAAAAGAAAUACCGGUUGGGAGUGAAAACACAGCGGGCAGCGUAUUUCACAAAAUGCAAAAGCCUAGAUUAGUGGCGUGUGGAUUUGCGCUGAUAUUGGCGUUGAGCAUCUGUUUGUCGAACGCCUUGGCGGCCAAUAGCAGCGCAGAUGACAGCGACUACCACUAUGACGAUGAGUACGACGACGAAUAUGACGACACCUACGACGACGGCACGGACCAGCAGCUUGACAGUGACAAAUUGUUGCCACCCUCGCCACCGGUCAGCAGCACUCGAAGUCCUGUUGUGAGUUACACGGAUAGUCCUACAACGGCGGCCAGUCGAACUACGGCAGCUCCAUCGCUGUGGAGCGACGAAGAUGACGCGCGAGAGGAGUACCCAUGCCCGCGGCAAUGUACCUGCGAAGACGGAACCAAGUUCUUGAACUGCUCCGGAAGGUCUUUGCUGGAAAUCCCUUCGGAUCUGCCACGGGAUGUAAUUCGGUUGGAUCUAAGUGACAACAACAUCAAAGUCGUUCCGGUAGAGGCAUUCCAGAACUGUUCGGAAGUGCGGGAGAUCCUGCUGGAUCGGAACGUGAUCGAGCAGUUGGACAAGGAGGUUUUUCUGAACCUGGUGCGGCUGGACGUACUGGGGCUGGCUGGAAAUCAACUGAGUCACUUGGCGACGGACACGUUUGGAGACGCGCAAGCUUUGCGGAGGCUGGUACUGAACGAGAACCCACUGGUAGUGCCCGAUGAGGGGCCUUUCCUGGAGCAGGAAGAGUUGGAGGAACUUGAGAUGGCUCGGUGCAACUUGACCGAGCUGACCAAAGACACGUUUAGCGGGCUGGCCGCACUGAAGUGGCUGAAUUUGGCGGGGAACGAGUUCGAUGAGGACCUUGGAACUGAUGUUUUCGAACCGCUAGAAAAUCUCCAACGAUUACAUGUGCCACCGCUUUCCGAGGACACCGUGCGCGAUUUGUGCGACGUAGUGAAAUCGAUUGAUGUCGUAGACAUCACAACCCACAACAUCAGCUGCUUCUACCUGGCGUCUGAGACAUCAUACGAGGAAAGCAUCAUCACUCAACGUCCAAUCACCCCGGAGCCAAAAAGGGAACCCGAAGAAGACUCGGAAGAGAGCAAGCCGACCAGGCCGACCAAACAAACGAAGAAAGUGAUCCUAAAGGAGAACGAAAUCGAUUCCGAACAGGAUCCAGUCACGCCAGCUCAUCCAUUGAAGCCAACACUGCCUGCUCGGAGAUCAUCCAGCACUACAACCACUACAGUCGCUUCUCCCACAGUCAGUGGUCCAUCGUCAGCUUCGAUAACCCACACGGCGGACGAUCCUAAAGAUGACGUCAAGAAGGAAACAACCCCAGAUCAAGGCGAUCAGUCCCUGCUGGCGUCAAUCAGUUCGGACACCAUGAAGCAACUUCUGAUGGGGAUCAUCGGUUUGGGCUUGCUCAUCCUAUUGAUCGGUAUCAUCUGCCGACAAACAGGCCUCAAGAACAAACUCUGCGGCUCCAAACGGAGACCUGCCCCGACGGAUCAGGUGCGACCGGCCGAGGAAGUACCCUUGAACAAAGUCUAGUUAUCUGUCCCUCUGCAAUAGUUUUCACGUUUCCAUCAACCACCGUGUCGUGCGUGAAUAUUACUUAAAAAGUAUUAGAUUACGAAGACCGGUGACGGGUCAGUCGUUUCCCCAAGGCGGAAACCUUACUCAGCAGCAAUGCGGUGCUUCAUCGGUGGGAAUUUGGUGGAGAUUUGCCAAGCAAACACUCCUAGCAAGAAGCAUGCGGACUAGCCACAAAAAUAUUUGCACUUAUGCCACAGACAAACACACGUAACAAGAAACGCAUUUGUGGUACGGGACAGUUGAAACCAUAAAGCAGAACUUGGGGAUGGCGUAAUUCUAGUCGAGGGUUGCCGCAGACAGUCAGUGGAACCGCGCUGUUUCGAAUUCUAAGCAGAAUCGAUUUUUUUGUAAUGACCACUCGGAAUUCGAAUCACAACGGUAGUACUACGUUAAUGAAUGCGAGCAGGGAAAUAGCUAACCCUCGCUAAUUCAAGUGUGUGGACAAAACAUUACCUGAGGGAACAAGUACAGUAGGUGACGCCACACGACCAAAAGCAAAGGUGUUGUAAAUAUAGUUCGUAGGAAGGAAAAGGUGAAGAAGCAUGUGAGACUUGAGGUGCGAAUCAGUGUCAUAUACAUCACCCGACGAAACGGUACGCGAUAUAUGACACGGUGAGGGUGAUGGUUGAAGGUUGUGCGGUGACGAAUGAAUGAGUGUUCUAUAGACAGUAAGUAGGUUUUAAGUAGGCAAACAUCCACACUCACGCGCCUAGGUAGGUGGAACAUUCCUUUCGAUUAAAACAAUGUAAAUGAUUUUCUAGCAAUUUUGAUAAGAGAUUAGACGGCUGCACGUGAAACCUAAUUUUAAUUGUGAAGAACCAAAAACAAUACAUUUAAAAUCCACUUUUGCGGUCCUAUGAACCUUACAAUGUAUUCAAACAAGACAAACACACAUUUUGUAUACGCGUAAAAAAAAAUAUCAAAUUGAACAGCAUCCGCUGUAACUUCAAUGGAAAUCAGCAUUCAAUGAGAAGUCAAUAUAGCAGCUGGAAGCAGAAGCAUUACCCAUGUAUGUCACAUUAGAGCCAUUCGCUACUGAAGGCCACCCUCGAGGUGCUAAAAGUAGAUGCAUCAAGUCAACUUCAUCACUCAUAGUGUGUAAUUAGUAGGCAACUUACAAAUCCAACAAUACCAUUUAUUAAACUGAUUAAAUAAGCGGUGCAAAAUAAAUACUAGCCAUUUGUAGGAGAUUGUGUGGGAAAA